GGUUCAUUCCAGAGACUGUUAACAGUUUCCUUGUGUUUUUUCUAGAAAUACCUAUUCUUUUGAUAUGAACAAAGCAAAUGGCAACAUUAUCAUCUUCCCUCCAUGAAGCAAUUCUGACCAUAGUAAAGUCCCAGUAGGGAGGGCAGUCAGUCACCUGAAAGCAUUCUAUACCUGAGGAGGAAGCAUGUAGCCUUUUGUCCCAUGGAGUCCCAGUCACUGAGACACCAGCAAGGCCUGUGAAACAGCAAAUCCAUUGCUUUCUUUGUUCCCUUUCUCAGAGGUAACCACUGUUGAGGAGUUUCAGACUGAGGAUGUCUUGGUGAGCUUCGUAGGUACUACAUCUGCAUCUUUGUAAGUGCUGUGCAACAAUCAGUAUUGCAGAUGUGGUAGCUUAUUUAGCCAUCGCCCUAUUAAUGGAUGUUAAGGGUUUCUGGCUUAGGUAUUGGUAGGUUGUAAGGCUAUAUACUGCAAUAAACAGAACAGGAGUAAGUUUGUGGGUGAAGUUGAUGGGUGUGUGGAAGAUGUAGAGGGACUUCUGGAUCUGGUUCCCAUAGAGCUGUUGGCUAGAUAUGAACAUCUAGGAAUCAUCAGUGUAUGGAUGGGAAUUAAAGUUGUACAAAUUGACUUGGUCCCUGGGGUAGAGGGGGCAAGAGAGAACAGAAACUGCUGCUUCAAUAUGCUGGGCUUGGGGUCCACCAUGGCUACUUUGCUCUGAGCGAGUCUCAGGACUCCAGGAUGGGCCCUUGUGUAGUGUUUCUCUUUGCUGGCUUUUGGUUUGUUUCCCUGUAGUGGGUAUCAUUUCUGCCUGUCUAUUCUUAGAAGCUUCCUCCUGUGUAUUUUGAUCUUUUGCUGGUACGCCAUGCCCAGCAGGGGGAAUUAGGUUUAACUCCCACUCAAAGACUUCACUGGCUGCAGAGAGGAUGGACAGGAUCGUGCUGCAGCUUGCUAGCUUAGUGGGAGCAGUGUGCUCUCAGGAAUGUCUUGCAGCUGACUACACAGCUGUAUAGAAGCUUCCCAGGUUAUGAGUGCUACGUAAGCCACCUUUGACAUAAGAAACGUCACCAGAACUUUACUAGUAAUGGAUUCUGAGAAUAAACCUGAGAACGACGAGGACAAAAAUAUGAGCAAGGAAGCAAAAAAUGUGAGAAGUAUUUCAUCCCAUAAUGACAAUUUUGGGCCUGUUUCUGACAUGAUAGCAAAUGCCUCUGAGAGUGUCACCAACAAAAGAGGUUUUUUGGACUCAUCCAACUUUGGCAGUGACAUUGUGGAGGAAGAGAGAAAUGAACAUCCUUCCAAGAGAAUGAGAGUAGAAGAGGCAGAACGCUUUGAGUCUGGAGAGCAGGGUGCUGGUGGAUCCAGCACUCCUGAGGGCUCAGCCCAAGAAGUGGGCAUCCCGUUAGAUGAGGCAGGAAAGGAGACCUUCCUGAAGGACUGCUCAGAUGCAGGCGCAGCUCUUCCAAAUGCUUUCUCCUCCUCUUGUGAUUUUAGCACUCUUGAUGCCCUUUCUCUGAAAACAGACAGGGAAAGAAAACCUGCUCAGGAAACGGUUUCCCUUGAUACCGAAAGAGAAUCUCCUUUUCCCCUGAAAAAAAUUAGUGCUAGUUGCACCUUUGGAAAUGUAGAUGCUGUUCUCAAGUGUAGUAUAUGUAGCCAUUUGUUUUCUUCAUGCUCUGAUUUGGAAAAGCAUGCUGAAUGUCACAUGCAGCAGGCUAAGGAGCAUACCUGCUGCUACUGUAGCCAGAAAGCAGAGAGCAGCUCAGCUCUCCACAUGCAUAUCAAACAUACACAUGGUCCACAGAAGGUCUUUUCUUGUGAACUUUGUGGCUUUCAGUGUGUAGAAGAAAACCUGUUGAAUGCGCACUAUCUUGGUAAAACACAUCUCCGGCGUCAGAAUCUUGUUGCUCGUGGAGGAUUUGUACAGAUCUUAACAAAACAACCUUUUCCUAAGAAAACAUGUACCACAGGAACAAAGAAACCAAGAGCCUCUAAAGCAGUGGCAAAGGAUGGGGAUGCAAAAGGAAUUCCCAGUAUGAGGAGCAAAUUUAAAGACUGUGGAGGAAGUGUUUCUCCACAUGGUAGUAGCAGUGAGCUCCUUGUUGAAAUGGUGCCAUCCAGGAAUAUUUCAUCAGAAAAAGCAGAGAUUGUUGAAGAAAAUGUUAUUUCCAUUGGUGUAGCUGGAAAUCUUACAAAUGAGAGCAAACAGCUAGAAGGCACAGUAACCCCAGAAGGUGUUUUAGGUAAAUCAGAAUCUACCAAAAAUAUCCUGCAGACAACACAUAGUAUCAGUACCACCUCAAGGGCAAGACCUGAGCGUAAUAUUCUAAUGUUAGGUAAUAGUUUUCGCCGACGGAGUGGCACUUUGGCCUUGAAGGGCCAGGCCAAGAAAAGGUUUAAUCUUUUAGGAGUUAAUAAAAGAGGCACAAGUGAAACUCAGAGGAUGUGUAUGAAAAACUUUAGAACACAGAUCAAAACAAAUGCUGAAGAACCAAUGCCAAAACACAUAGAAACGAGCAACAAUGUCCAGAGCCUGUGUGUGACUACCGUAGACACCCUGGAAAUGGUACAGGACAAAACAAGUUCCUGUUUUCUGGGUUCCAUGCAGCUGGACUCCUCAACAGUGAAGCCAGCUUCUGACCACCAGAUUUCAUGUACCUGUACAGACUGUGGUCAAAUGGCUACACAUAGAACAGAUUUGGAAAUCCAUGUGAAAAGGUCCCAUGCAGGAGAGAUGAAAUUGUACUGUCAGGCUUGUGACUUUUCUAGUACAUCGAGGAGGGACUUGGAGGAACAUUUGCACAACAGCCAGCAUCAACAAUCUGCUUCUGUUCUCAGUUGUCAGUGUUGUUCCUUUACUUCCUUGAAUGAAAUGAAACUUAGAGACCACAUGAAGGAAAAGCAUGAUAUGGAUUUUCUUUGCACUGCUUGUAAUCUGUUCUUGUCUGAGAAAGAUGUGGAAGAACACAAAGCAACCGAGAAGCAUGUUAGUUUAUUGGUUCAACCAAAGAAUUCUCUGUCAUUGAACAAUGAUUCUGUUUUACAGACAUUAACUUUAAGUACUUUAGAAUCAGUAGAUUCUACAAAAGAUUCUAUGAAUGAAUCAGGGAAAGCUGCUCAGGAAGAACCUGUUAAGUCCAGGGUAAGCCAUGGAAUUGAAGUAAGGCAUUCAAGUAAGCCUCAGUUUCAAUGUAAGAAGUGUUUUUAUAAAACAAGAUCUUCUACUGUUCUCACAAGACACAUAAAGCUUCGACAUGGUCAAGACUAUCACUUUCUUUGUAAAGCAUGCAAUCUUUAUUCAUUGAGCAAAGAAGGAAUGGAGAAACACAUUAAAAGAAGCAAGCAUCUUGAAAAUGCUAAGAAAAAUAAUAUUGGCUUAAGUUUUGAAGAAUGUAUUGAAAGGGUAUGUAUAGGUACAAAUGAUAAGAAAGAAGAAUUUAACAUUUCCGGAAAUGGAAGGACUGAAGGCCAUAUAGGUGUGCAAUUACAGGAGCAUUCCUAUCUUGAGAAGAGCAUAGAAAAUCCUAAGGAUAUGUCGCAGCCUGGUGUCAUCACCAAAGAUGGUGAACACUUGAACACUUUGAACAUCACUCCAAAGAGAGGGAGACCCAAAGGCAACAUCUCACGGACAUGUUCACACUGUGGUCUUUUGGCCUCUAGUAUUACAAAUUUGACUGUUCACAUUAGACGUAAACACAGUCACCAGUAUAGUUAUUUGUGCAAAGUUUGUAAGUAUUAUACUGUAACUAAGGGAGAUAUGGAACGUCAUUGUGCCACCAAGAAGCAUAAAGGACGGGUAGAAGUAGAGGCAAAUGGGAAACACAGUUCGGAUGUAAUUGUUGGCCCAGAAGUGGGCAAUCUUGAAGCCUGUGAAAAGAACACUCAUUCAGCAGUGGCUGUUUCCCAUGAACAAACUAAAACGUUAACUGAGUCACAUACCUCUGCUUUAGAGAAGCCAGUGAUAGAUCAUGGAACUCCAACUGAGGUAGAAGCUGAAAAUGUUUUUCAUUCUGUAGAUGGAGAAGUUAGCAGUCAUCUCGCUGAAAGGGGACAAGGUUCUCCAGAGCCAGAAGACCUCCAACAGGGGGAUGCAUCUGCCCAGAGAGAUGUUGCAGGUACAAGUGAUAACAAGUGUCUGUACUGUGAGUUUAAUGCCCACUCCUCUGCUACUCUAGAGCUGCAUGUGAAACGGAAACAUACAAAAGAGUUUGAGUUCUAUUGCAUGGCCUGUGAUUACUAUGCAGUCACUCGUCGAGAGAUGACGAGGCACGCAGCGACAGAGAAGCACAAAAUGAAAAGGCAGUCUUAUCUCAACUCUUCUAAUGGAGAAGUGAGUUCUGCAGAAAUGUCCAAAAAUGUCAUUAUACCUGAAGCAGAGCAUUCAGAAAAUCCUGAGGCAUUUCAAAUAAUUUCAGACCAACCAUCUGCUACUCUAAAAUCUAGAAAUGCUACACAUUGCUCUAUUUUAGAUGAGAAUACUAAUUUAGAUAUGUCUAAAGUACUCUGUGCUCCUGAGUCUGUAGAAAUUGAGACUGAGGAUGAAUCUAAUUUCAGUGAAGAACAUCCCUUUUGUGAGACUUUCCAACAGCCCCUUGUCAAGGAUAAAGGUAUAAAACCUGAGGAAAUGGUAUCCCUUAACAUUUCCUCUAGUUACGUCUCCCCAAGCAGAUUUCAGAAUGAAAUUUCAGGGAGCUCUGCUUUGAAUUCUGAGACAGCAAAGAAAAACCAUGAUGUGCUGAAUGACGGUGAUUCAAGUACACAUUGUGAGAGAGAUGGAGGCGGUAAAGGAGCUGGUGGAGGUAAAGUCUUUGACAAACGCCCAUGUGCUGCAGUCCUAGAUGGGGGGCCUUCUGCUGAAAGCACUUCCUCUGUGGUGAUGAGGAUAACAAGAGAGCAGCUAACCCUGGAUGAUAGUGGUCAGAACAAAGCUGGUUGUGCACAUCAUCCAGAGGUGUUGAAAGAUGUGCAAACAAAUCCCAUUCUGGAGAAUAAGGAAAUUCUGUUGGAUUCACAACAUGAAACAGAAGUUAUUUUGGAAGAGGAUGGCCCAGCUUCUGAUAGCACAGUUGUGAGCAAUGAUGUUUAUGAAACUAUAAUCAGUGUUGAUGAUAAAGGGCAGGCCAUGUACAGUUUUGGCCGGUUUGAUUCUUCCAUAAUUAGAAUUAAGAACCCUGAAGAUGGUGAAUUGAUAGACCAGUCGGAAGAGGAUCUGAUGGCAACUGGGGUGAAAAUUAGUGAGUUGCCCAUAAAAGACUGUGCUCAAGGUUUGAAAAAGAAGAAAGUUGAAGGUGGUUCCUUUGGUGAAUCCACACGAAUCCGUUGUGAUGAUUGUGGCUUCUUAGCAGAUGGACUGAGUGGACUGAAUGUUCACAUAGCCAUGAAGCAUCCCACGAAAGAGAAACACUUUCAUUGUUUACUGUGUGGAAAAUCAUUCUAUACAGAAAGUAACCUUCAUCAGCAUUUGGCUAGUGCUGGUCAUAUGAGAAAUGAACAGGCCAGUGUAGAAGAGCUUCCAGAGGGAGGGGCCACCUUUAAAUGUGUCAAGUGUACAGAGCCCUUUGAUUCUGAACAAAAUUUAUUUCUACAUAUUAAAGGACAGCAUGAGGAAUUGCUACGAGAGGUGAAUAAGUAUAUAGUGGAAGACACUGAGCAAAUCAAUCGUGAAAGAGAGGAAAACCAGGGAAAUGUUUGCAAGUACUGUGGGAAGAUGUGUCGAAGUAGUAAUUCGAUGGCAUUUCUGGCACACAUUCGCACUCAUACAGGAUCAAAACCAUUCAAGUGCAAGAUAUGCCAUUUUGCAACAGCUCAGCUUGGGGAUGCCAGAAACCAUGUGAAAAGGCACCUUGGGAUGAGGGAAUACAAGUGUCAUGUCUGUGG